CCGAAGCCAGCCCAGGGGCCCGGGACGCUCUGCGCAUGCGAGGCCGGCGGAUCCCCGCCCCAGUCCCCAAUUGGAAACAAACCUUCUGCAGGACGAUGUCCGGGCGUCGUCAGCUUCAGGAGACCGUCAGAAACAAUUUGAUAGACGAUGCUAAAGCCCGCUUGAAAAAGCUUGAUGUUGGGACCAAAUAUGAUCACUUAUCAUGUCACAAAUACUCCAUCCUUUUACCAUUGUUGGCUAAGGAAAGGAAACUUCACCUGCUAUUCACCCGCCGGUCAGAGAAGCUGAGAAGGUCACCUGGAGAAGUCUGCUUCCCUGGAGGAAAGAGGGAUCCCACGGACCUGGAUGACGUAGGCACAGCUCUCCGGGAAGCCCAGGAGGAAGUGGGGCUGUGUCCUCAUCAAGUGGAGGUCGUCUGCCGCCUGGUGCCUUAUCUGCUCGAUAAAGAUACAUUGGUAACCCCAGUGGUGGGCUUUGUAGACCACAGCUUCCAGCCCCAGCCUAACCCUGACGAAGUCAAAGACGUGUUCCUGGUGCCUCUGGACUACUUCCUGCAUCCACAGGUCCACUCCCAGAAGUACGUCACGCACUUUGGCCAUGGUUUUGUUUUCCAUUGCUUUGAGUACACAAGUCCCGAAGAUGGUGUGACCUACCUGAUCCGGGGGAUGACUGCAAAGCUUGCUAUACUGGUUGCCUUAGUUAUUUUGGGGAAAAAACCUACCUUUGAGAUAGAAUUUAAUCUUGAUGAUGUCAUAGCAUCUUGUGAAAAGGCCUUCCUUCGUAAACAUGCUACGAGCAAGCUGUGACUCAUGAGAUCCAAAACCAAAACUACCCAGAGGUCUCGGUGGUGAGCUUAUGCACAAAGCAUCAGUAACACCAGGUACGGGGAUCCAAUAGGUGUGGACGUUUUUCCUGCAUAGGAAGGUAAAAAUCUUGCCUUUUUUCCCAGUUGAUUUCUAUUAUAUGGCAGAGCAGAAGUCUUCCAAAAGUAGAAAAGUGUAUUUACAGUGUUAUAUAAUUUCCCCCACAAUAUGCUAAUGCUUUCCACUCGCUUAAGAAAGAGGAUCUGCCACAUAAUAAGCACCUGAUCAAUAUGCGGCCAUGUGGCAUUUAUCUUCUGUGUAAGGCAGUGUCCUUUUGAGUCUGUUGUUAGGUGUGACUGAAGCUUCUGACGGCCAUCGGCACCUGCCCGUCCUCUCCUCCACGGCAGGCACCCCAGGUGGCAGCAGCAGUCCCCAGGAUCCCUGCCUUUAAGUGGGCCUUGGGAUUUUGUCGAGGCCAGGAGGAUGGAGGUGGACGUUGACCUUGCAGGUCGUCUCCAGCGUAAUUGACAAGCCGUUUUCCCCAGGUUCACUCUUUCUCCUCCACGAGCUGCUCUGUGGGCUUCUCUGCAACCCAGUCUGGACCACGUAGAUGAGGAAAACUCCAGGGGCAAUGGCAGAACUAAAAGAUGAUCAGAGCUCGGCUCUUCAGUGGCUCUUGGGAGCGAAGUGCUCUUCCAACCCAGGCCGUUCCUUGGGAUGUGUUACAGGAGAGAAGACUAAAAUUCUGUCAUCUCUCUGCCACUGGAAUGGGGUCCCUUUUUCAUAUGCUUGCUGUAACACUAAGUAUUAUUCUGUAAGUCUUGAAUUUGGCUAGGUGGACAUUUGCCAAAGCUUGCGGUGUUUGUUGCCAACAGCACUUGGCACUCCAGUCUGACUCCUGGUAUGGAGGUUCUGUGAUGUGCAUAUACAAUGCCUGGCGGGCCUGGGUGCAGCAUCAGCCAAAGGAAAUGGGGAAACUUGAGAAGCCCGUACGCCUACUGAUGGGGAGAGGGAACCAUCUACAUCUCAUGAUGAUGAGGACAGAAAAACCCUGAUUUCAAACCCAGGCCCCAAAGUGAAAGUCGGAAAGACAGACAUUCCGAAUGGAGUGCCUUGAGCUCUCCUCUGCUGUGGGCCUCUCCGCAAGCCGUGCUUUGCCGUCGGCAGGACCGCCUUUGCUUAACCCUGACGCUGACGGUGCUGCGCGAGGGCAGAGAGCCCAGCGAGUAAAGCCACAUCACCAUGUCUGACCGGCAGAGUCACACCUUGCUGAGGGUUAUUUAAUUUUUAGAAAGCCAAAGCAUUUUUAAGUAAGACUUCACUGUUGCUGAAACUGCGAUGCCCACGCUCAGUCCAUCAAUCUGCCCUGCAGCUGCCCAUAGCUGCUGAGUUUUUAUUUUCUGAAAGUUGGCAGAGGCAAACACCCAUUCCCCUGCUCUAUACCCAUAAAUGUUUAAACGGCACAAAUCUGGCUGCAGCUUUGAAAGAUGGUGGGUUGUCACCCCCAUUAAUGUUCUGUAACCAGCCCUUCCUGAACAGCCCAAACUGUUUCUGAACGAUUGCUGAGGCAUUUGCAAAUGUGUAUUUACAGUCUGACAGUGGCAUAAUUGCUGGGUGGAUGGCUGACCUCUCUGGCAACACAGAAAGCCACCCUUCCAAACUGUUUAUUUACAUGAACUGCACAGACCUGCCUGGUUUCUGAGAGGUGGCUCAGUGACGUCUGCAGUCUGAGCGACGCCUGCAGGGCUGGACACUUAGCAGCGGAGGCAUUAUCUCCCCUCUUUCUUUUUAGUAGUGUGUUUUACGACAUCUGUGUUCAAAGCUUUAAUGAAACAACAAAUCUAGAUCAAAUGAAAGGAGAAGUUACGUGCAAGGUGCAGAUCUCAGGGAGUCUACAAAGCCACUGAGCAAAUCAGCCCUAAGGACAGCAGUGGAAGCAAAUGCAGCUACUACCUCAAAACCAAGAGGUCACAGACCUUCUUUUUGCAUCCUGCCAUUGUCUGUUAGAAUUGCUGGAUCAGACAGAAGAGCCACGGAAACUCAGUGAAUUCGUUGCCUUAGUCCCCAGUUCCUUGGAAAAGACUCCCUCUGGCUUACCGUGGGUCACCUGGCCAGUUUCCAGUAACCUGGGAGGCCUUUCAAGGGUGAGGGUCACUGUGUGCUAGUCAGACAACUCAAAGCAUCUUCUUCUAGUCCCCAGUUUUGUAAUGGAUCCUGUGAUCCAGAUCCUCAGCUCUCUCGGCAGCCCCAGAGUGUUGGUAAAGAAGUAGAGCCCUGAGCCUGGAAUCAGUAUGCUUAGGUGUGAGAACUAGCUCCGGCAUCUUCUGUUCUGUGACCUUAAGCAAGCUGUCCAUCCUCUGUAGGCCUGCAUUUCCUCUUUGGUAACUUGUAGAAAUGAACUUUCUCUCUGGGACUGUCAGGGGAUUCAGUGAGUUAACCCAUGUGAUGCUUUCACUUAAAGCACUGCCAAGUGCUCAGAACAGUGCUUGGGAAGUAAGAAGGGUAAUUUCCUGUUACCUCCUAAUUAUGGUAUUAUUGUAACUCUAUCACAACUGCAUCAUUUUCCCACUAGGGGUUCUAGAACUUUCUCAGGUUACAGAGCCCUUGACAUCUCAGUAAUUUUUUUAGGGCACAUCAAGGUCAAAAGAGACACCUAACAAUUUUGUUUAUUAUAUAGUUAAAUCCAAAUAACUUAAUCAAUGUUUAUCUCCUACUAACCUGUAAGCCAUUUGAAAAGAUGCAGAGAAAGGAAAAUAUUGUUUUCGUUUCAGUCUUAACCACGAUUGCUUACUGAUGGGUGUGUGCAUCUGCUGGGCUUAGAAGUAAAUACGAGAGUCAAUAAAAGCAGUCAGAUGAUAGGAUAAGUCACAAAAAGAGGAACCCUAACUCAGAUUUGGGACACAGGGAAAACAUCCGGGAAGAGCCAGUGUCUGAACUG